AUUAUCAUUAUAUAAUUAGGUAUGUUCAUUUGUAAGUAAGGCACUCAUGGGUGCUGCAAGUUUGAGCAACUUAAUGCAUGCGUUCCUUUAACCAAACACUCCCAAGUCCACCAGUAACUACUACUACUGACUUUCCUCUCAUUUCCUUCCCUAAAUCUCACUCCCUCUGACACAGUAUGUGUCGACUCCUCCCUCUUCGUCUCUUCAUCAGGCAAGUGUCUCUUCUCAACUCACUCACUCAUCUCUUCUGACCAGCAAACAAGCACAGAAGCAGCCUUUCAACCUCAUUCCAGAAUGCCUUUUGGAGGAGAAAACAAGUGUGGCCUCUGCCAGAAAACUGUCUACUUGGCUGAAGAAGUGCAGUUCGAAGGGAAGAGAUGGCACAAGUUCUGUUUUAAAUGCGUGGACUGUAGUAAGAGAUUGGACAGCACAGCGUGUUCCGAUGAGGAUGAGGUCUACUGCAAGUCAUGCUUUGCCAAGAAAUACGCACCAAAGGAGUAAGGACACAGGAGGACGCUAAAUUCAGACGACCAACUGUCUAAUGUUGUACAACCUGUCUUCAAAUAUGCCUUGUUGCCAACGUACAAAAUAAACCUCAGGAAAAAAUGGUGGGCAUUUAUGUGGUCUUCAGUGUUUUUUUGUGUGGGUGUCCUCCAUCUUGAACAGCGUCCGUUUGCCAGACAAGGACGUGACGUGAGCCAGAGAAUCUCUAAGCUGAUAGGUUUUUGUGUCAUUGCACAUUGUUUAAAAAUUAAAGUUUCUUUCUCUAGCUAAUGGUGUUCCCAAUUAAACACAAAAUUCCCUGACAUAUUGUUUUCUUACAUGGAACCUCUGCUUGGGCUUUCUUACAUGAAACAAAAGUUGAAAAUUGUGGAAUGUAAAGGUAAAGUUUAUAUUUAAAUGACGGCGUAACAACAACCAAAUGAAUGUACCCUACCUUUGAUAUUAAUUUGACUUUUAAGUUUGAACAGAAAUGAUGAUAGAUUGUGUUGUCAUGAUGAUGUCAAAUUAAAGGCUUACUUAACACACACACACACACACACACACACACCAUGAGAGACAAGCAGUGGCAUGCACAGGUAGACACUGGGUGGUGCUAUAGCACCUGCCGCUGCCCUCUGGACCAAGCAAGUGCCCUUUUGAAAGUUUGUUGUUAUUUUAAACAGUGUAUGUGGCCAAUGCUGACAUGAUCAUCUAUAAAUUCUCGACGAUUAAAAGUGUGUGAUAAUAUUGCCCCUCUCUUCCUUUGUCAACGUAAACGCGCAGAGCGGGCACAAACGGAGGCGCGUUGCAGCAGCAGUGCACAUCUGUGCAGUCAACAGCAAAGUUUAGAAUAGACGUGUGCACACUGCAAGCACAAUUUGCAAAAUGUACUGUAAUAAAUAAUAGUAAAUGGUCAUAAAAAUAAAACAUUGUUUGACAUGUCUGGCCUGGACUUCCAUAUAACGUACUUCUCAAUUUCUUCUCCUGUAAGAAAGUGAGAAGUCUCAGUGUGGUCAUGGUGGCUUUUGGCACAUCUGGGAAAUUAUGCAUUUCCAAGGCAGGUCCCUCCAUUGCAGGUCUGACUGUCCAUUGCUGCAACAGCAGCAGCAGCAGCAGCAGCAGCACCACCCCCAUUGAGAACUUCACUCAAGUAUGUGUCGACUCCUCCCUCUUCGUCUCUUCAUCAGGCAAGUGUCUCUUCUCAACUCACUCACUCAUCUCUUCUGACCAACAAACAAGCACAGAAGCAGCCUUUCAACCUCAUUCCAGGAUGCCUUUUGGAGGAGAAAACAAGUGUGGCCUCUGCCAGAAAAUUGUCUACUUGGCUGAAGAAGUGCAGUUCGAAGGGAAGAGAUGGCACAAGUUCUGUUUUAAAUGCGUGGACUGUAGUAAGAGAUUGGACAGCACAGCGUGUUCCGAUGAGGAUGAGGUCUACUGCAAGUCAUGCUUUGCCAAGAAAUACGCACCAAAGGAGUAAGGACACAGGAGGACGCUAAAUUCAGACGACCAACUGUCUAAUGUUGUACAACCUGUCUUCAAAUAUGCCUUGUUGCCAACGUACAAAAUAAACCUCAGGAAAAAAUGGUGGGCAUUUAUGUGGUCUUCAGUGUUUUUUUGUGUGGGUGUCCUCCAUCUUGAACAGCGUCCGUUUGCCAGACAAGGACGUGACGUGAGCCAGAGAAUCUCUAAGCUGAUAGGUUUUUGUGUCAUUGCACAUUGUUUAAAAAUUAAAGUUUCUUUCUCUAGCUAAUGGUGUUCCCAAUUAAACACAAAAUUCCCUGACAUAUUGUUUUCUUACAUGGAACCUCUGCUUGGGCUUUCUUACAUGAAACAAAAGUUGAAAAUUGUGGAAUGUAAAGGUAAAGUUUAUAUUUAAAUGACGGCGUAACAACAACCAAAUGAAUGUACCCUACCUUUGAUAUUAAUUUGACUUUUAAGUUUGAACAGAAAUGAUGAUAGAUUGUGUUGUCAUGAUGAUGUCAAAUUAAAGGCUUACUUAACACACACACACACACACACACACACACCAUGAGAGACAAGCAGUGGCAUGCACAGGUAGACACUGGGUGGUGCUAUAGCACCUGCCGCUGCCCUCUGGACCAAGCAAGUGCCCUUUUGAAAGUUUGUUGUUAUUUUAAACAGUGUAUGUGGCCAAUGCUGACAUGAUCAUCUAUAAAUUCUCGACGAUUAAAAGUGUGUGAUAAUAUUGCCCCUCUCUUCCUUUGUCAACGUAAACGCGCAGAGCGGGCACAAACGGAGGCGCGUUGCAGCAGCAGUGCACAUCUGUGCAGUCAACAGCAAAGUUUAGAAUAGACGUGUGCACACUGCAAGCACAAUUUGCAAAAUGUACUGUAAUAAAUAAUAGUAAAUGGUCAUAAAAAUAAAACAUUGUUUGACAUGUCUGGCCUGGACUUCCAUAUAACGUACUUCUCAAUUUCUUCUCCUGUAAGAAAGUGAGAAGUCUCAGUGUGGUCAUGGUGGCUUUUGGCACAUCUGGGAAAUUAUGCAUUUCCAAGGCAGGUCCCUCCAUUGCAGGUCUGACUGUCCAUUGCUGCAACAGCAGCAGCAGCAGCAGCAGCAGCAGCACCACCCCCAUUGAGAACUUCACUCAAGUAUGUGUCGACUCCUCCCUCUUCGUCUCUUCAUCAGGCAAGUGUCUCUUCUCAACUCACUCACUCAUCUCUUCUGACCAACAAACAAGCACAGAAGCAGCCUUUCAACCUCAUUCCAGGAUGCCUUUUGGAGGAGAAAACAAGUGUGGCCUCUGCCAGAAAACUGUCUACUUGGCUGAAGAAGUGCAGUUCGAAGGGAAGAGAUGGCACAAGUUCUGUUUUAAAUGCGUGGACUGUAGUAAGAGAUUGGACAGCACAAUAGCGUGUUCCGAUGAGGAUGAGGUCUACUGCAAGUCAUGCUUUGCCAAGAAAUACGCACCAAAGGGGUAUGGAUACGGAGGCGGAGCUGGGCUUCUGAGUAAGGACACAGGAGGACGUUAAAUUCAGGCGACCAACUGUCUAAUGUUGUACAACCUGUCUUCAAAUAUGCCUUGUUGCCAACGUACAAAAUAAACCUCAGGAAAAAAUGGUGGGCAUUUAUGUGGUCUUCAGUGUUUUUUUGUGUGGGUGUCCUCCAUCUUGAACAGCGUCCGUUUGCCAGACAAGGACGUGACGUGAGCCAGAGAAUCUCUAAGCUGAUAGGUUUUUGUGUCAUUGCACAUUGUUUAAAAAUUAAAGUUUCUUUCUCUAGCUAAUGGUGUUCCCAAUUAAACACAAAAUUCCCUGACAUAUUGUUUGAUUACAUGGACCCAAAGUUGAAAAUUGUGGAAUGUAAAGGUAAAGUUUAUAUUUAAAUGACGGCAUAACAACAACCAAAUGAAUGUACCCUACCUUUGAUAUUAAUUUGACUUUGAAGUUUGAACAGAAAUGAUGACAGAUUGUGUUGUCAUGAUGACGAUGUAAAAUUAAAGGUUUACUUAACACACACACCAUGAGAGACAAGAGAUGAAUUCAAAUGACUUUCAGAGGCCAAAGUAUCCCCAGACCACAUUCAACGUUUGAUAAGCAUCGACUGGGGGGUAAAUUUUUGGACGCAAUAAUAAGAGUCGAGGGUGUCGAAUACAAAGUCCACAGGAUAAUCCUGUCUGACUGCAGUCCUUACUUCACUGCUCUCUUCCAGUUUCAGUCGCCCGUUGACAUUAAGGUUUCAGACAUCAACGGCCUGUCCACUGACAUAAUGGAGCUCAUUGUGGAGUACGCAUAUACCAGCCAAAUUCAUGUGACAAAGGACAACGUGCAGGACUUAAUGCAAGCAGCUGAUAUGCUCAGCGUGACAGCUGUUGCAGAAGCAUGCUCAGACUUCCUCUGUGAGCAGAUUUCACGAGAAAACUGCAUUGGAAUGUGGCAGUACGCUAAAUUCUACUUCUAUACUGAGCUGAGGGACAGGGCUUACCGCUACAUUAAUGAUCACUUUGAUGAGGUUUUCCCCUGUGAGGAAUUCCUAUAUCUCUCUAUGCAAGAGCUAAGUGCAAUCCUUGGUAGAGAUGAUCUAAAUGUGAGGAAGGAGUACAUAGUGUUUGAGGCCAUCCUUCGCUGGAUAGAACACAACCCUGAAGAGCGAGAAAGGCACAUUGUUGACCUUUUGUCUAAGUUCCGGAUGGCCCUGACAAGCAUAGAUUACAUUCAAACAAAUGUGUUGUCCAAUGAGCUGGUGGAGACCAAUGCAGAGUGCAAGCUAAUGGCCACUGAUGCCAUCCACACCAUUGAGUACAUUACCCAAACACCCAGCAUGUCUUUUUUACGCAACACUCUUGCACGUCCUCGUCUGCCCAAUGCCAUCAUGUUGGCCACUGGGGGCUGGCGGGGCGAGAACCCUGUUGAGGCCAUUUGUGCAUACGAUAUAUUUAGUGACAGCUGGGUCAGUGCACCAUACAAUUUGGAGUAUCCGCGGGCCUAUCAUGGCACCGUCUUUCUCAAAGGGUACCUUUAUUGUCUAGGAGGCUCUGCACGGGAAGAGUAUUUUAACAGUGUGAGCAGGCUGGACCUACGCACACACAGAUGGGAUGAGGUGGCACCAAUGUACUACAGCCGCUGCUAUGUGAGUUCAACAGAGCUCAACGGGUUCAUCUACGCCAUGGGAGGCUUUGAUGGCCACUCUCGACUGAACAGUGCCGAGCGCUACAAUCCUGAUGCCAACCAGUGGAAACGUAUUGCACCCAUGCACCAUCCGAGGAGCGAUGCCAGCUGCACAACACUACAUAAUAAGGUUUACAUUUGUGGUGGGUUUGACGGGAAUGAAUGCUUGCAAACCGCUGAAUGUUACAACCCAGAGACCAACCAAUGGACAGUAAUUGCCCCAAUGAACGAAAGGCGUAGUGGAAUUGGAGUCAUAACACUUGCAGAUCAAAUCUAUGCAGUUGGUGGUUGUGAUGGGACACACCGUCUGAACACUACCGAGGUCUACAACCCACUGCAUAACACCUGGAACCUUGUAUGCCCUAUGAUGACCACUCGCAGUAACUUUGGCGUCGAAGUGAUUUACGAUCAGAUCUUUGUCGUUGGUGGAUACACGGGUACUGGCACCACCAGUCAAGUUGAGUACUAUGACAGUACAGUGGAUCGGUGGUAUGGGGCCUCUGAAGUGACAUACCAUGGCAGUGCACUGAGUUGUUGUGUGCUGUUUGGACUCCCGGACAUUACUAGUUAUGCCGUCCCUCGUGACUCCCUGCCUUUCAUUUAAUUUGGGGUUGGUAUGGUGUUGUCAAAGGACUAGCACGCUGAUGCCGUGUGUUGAAAAAGAACUUCUGAGAAGGAAAGAAACGGAGGCAAUAUUGCAACAUUAAGGAUGCCAACAGCCAUAAAACAUCAAAGUGACACAAUUAUAUAUAGAGAAAGUAUAUAUAUAGAGAAACGAAAGAAAUGGAAGGCAAUAAUGCCAACUGCCACAAAAAAAAAGAUGAAGCAGUGAUCACUUCCAAAAGGGCACCACUUAGUUCAUCUCUCAAAAGUAAUUCAACAUGCCAGUAUCAUAAGAAUGACAAGUCAGUGAGUCACUGUUUACACAGAAUUACAACACAGUCGACACACAUUCUCUACCCAUUUAUGGGUGCAUAGAGAAUUGUUUGGUUAAUCGAACACUUCAACACUUUCAAUAGUGAAAAUCAUGAUGACACAAAAAACUCAAAAUAAUAUAUGCUUGACAGAUCGACAACUGGUUCAACCAAUUUGCAUGUAACCUUUGUGCCUGCAACAAAUUCCUCCCAUGUUCUGAACGGUAAAAUUAUCCAGACAACCAUUAUAUCAUGUUUUGAUCUAACAUAAAAUGAAUAACGCAGGGAUCAGCGGACAAUUACACAAAAUCAUGUGGAUGAAUUUGCCAGUCCAGCCUUCUGUAUGAAAGACUGAGGAAUUAUGUGAAUGAUGUGCAGUUGUGCAUAAAUGGUAAAAUUAGGUUAAACAAGUA